UGAACAGCCAUCUUACUGAGCACUGUCGGAAGUGUUAAAAACUGAUGUAGGCUACCGGGCGAAACUUUCGAGAUGUAUGACACAACAGUCAAACACAUUGAAGUCACAUGAAGCAUGGAAUGUAUGUUUCUCACGAACAUACAGUGUACGUAGGGGACAACAAUUACGCUGUUUAAGAAGAAAACAGAUUUACAUGUUGUGUAACGUCAACUCUUCCUGAGGUGUUAGCAGCCAGCACCCACUCUUUGUUAGCAGUUGAAUGAACAUGCCAAAGACUCAUGCAGAUGUAGAUGGCUCAUCCCCCCACAACGCUGAGUAGAGAGAGAGAGAAAGAAAAAAAAAAGAAAAGAAACCAACACCUAUGCACUUAAAGCAAGCCUUUUCAGAGAGGCUGAAAUUAGACCGUCGCCAUGACGUCCAAUGCUGAGCACCGUUUGAAAGCCCUGGAGAAGUUGUAUCUUAGCGGUGUGCAGGAAAGCUGUGGGGAGGCUGUUAGCAUUGAAACACUGCUGGACGUGUUCCUACUUCUGUACAACGAAUGUCACAAUUCCACGCUCCGGCGGGAGAAAUCCGUCUCUGAUUUCUUGGAAUAUGCAAAACCCGUUGCAGAGAAGGUCAAGAUUUUGCGGUUACGCAGAGAUGACUUUGAAACACUCAAGGUGAUUGGUCGAGGAGCUUUCGGUGAGGUUGCUGUGGUGAGGUUAAAGAACAGUGACAAAAUAUUUGCCAUGAAACUACUCAACAAAUGGGAAAUGCUCAAGAGGGCAGAGACUGCCUGCUUUAUAGAAGAAAGAGAUGUCCUUGUGAAAGGUGACGACAGAUGGAUAACCCAUCUACACUAUUCCUUUCAAGAUGAUGACUAUUUGUACUUUGUCAUGGACUACUACAGCGGGGGUGACCUCCUGACCCUCCUCAGCAAAUUUGAGGACCGGCUGCCGGAGGACAUGGCCCGCUUCUACAUCGCAGAGAUGGUGCUGGCCAUCGACUCCAUCCACCAGCUGCAGUACGUGCACCGGGACAUCAAGCCAGACAACGUGCUGCUGGACCAGCACGGCCACAUACGGCUAGCCGACUUUGGCUCCUGCCUCAAGAUGCAGGAGGAUGGCUCGGUUCAGUCAAAUGUAGCUGUGGGAACACCAGACUACAUCUCUCCUGAGAUUCUCAGGGCCAUGGAGGACGGUCAGGGAAAAUAUGGGCCAGAGUGCGACUGGUGGUCCCUGGGUGUCUGCAUGUACGAAAUGCUGUUUGGAGAGACUCCGUUCUACGCAGAAUCACUGGUGGAGACCUACAGCAAGAUCAUGAACCACAAGGACCAGUUUGCCUUCCCGCCUGAUAUUGAUGAUGUGUCAGACGAAGCCAUGGACCUGAUUGGGAAGCUAAUAUGCAGCGCCGAUCAGCGUCUGGGCAUCAACGGGCUGGAAGACUUCAAGAACCACCCCUUCUUCAGUGGCAUUGAUUGGGACAACAUCAGAGAAAUGACUCCACCAUACAAACCAGAUGUCAAAAGUCCAACCGAUACAUCCAACUUUGACGUGGAUGAAACAGACCUCAAGCAGUCAGAGACUGUACCGCCCAACACCCAUGCAGCCUUCACGGGCAACCACCUCCCCUUUGUAGGCUUUUCAUUCACAAGAAACAGUUGCCUGUCGGACCUGGGCUCUCUGAUCGAAGCCAAGGACGUGGUCAUAUCAGACUCCAUUGACGGUUUAACAAUGGAGGCCUACGAGAGAAGGAUCAAGAGGCUAGAGUCUGAGAAGAAUAGCUUGAGUCACAAAUUAUCAGAAGCAACAAGAAGAGGUGCUGACAGCUACAGGCAAGAUCCCAGAUCAGUUGGCACAGAAAACAAUGAAGUGAAACAUCUCAAGGAUGAGAUUGCACUGUUGUCAAAGAAGUUUACAGAUGCCCAAGUGGCAAACAACCAUUUGGAGAAGGAGCUACAAGAGGCUCUUGGCAUGAGGAAAGAUGACGAGGACAAGAACUCCAAGAUCAGGCAACUAGAAAAACAACACAGGUCUCUGAAAGCAGAGAGAGAAGAACUUCAGCGAGAGCUGAUGGAACUGCAGGAAAGGCAGAAACUGCAAGGCAAAGAACUCAAGGAGGCCAAGUCGCAGUAUAAACUCACCAUGCAAGAAUUCUCAGAGAUCAAUGAGAGGUUAUCGGAUCUGAGGUCACAGAAGACCAAGCUGACUCGUGAACUCCGGGACAGGGAAGAGGAGUACAACGCCAUGAGUCAGAAGGUGGAAGUGCAACGGCUGGAUAUCCGCAAAGCUGAGAAAAUCCGGAAAGAGCUUGAGACUGAGUUGGAAGAUAAACUAGCUGAGCUGAACAAGGAGAAGUUUUUAAGGCAGCAGAGCGAGCAAUUGGUCAAACAGCGGGAAGAAGAGCUGGAAAGGGUCAGGAGGCGAGGCCGUGUGGAGCAGCAGUCCAGCACUCAGGAUGCCAGCCAGCAGGAGAUUGCCAGGCUCAAGGCCGAGCUGGAGAAGAAAAGGGUCUCCUACGAUGAGGCGCUGGCCAAAGAGAAAUCCAGGCACACCAUUGAAGAAAAGGGCCUGAAGGAGACAAUAUCAGAGAACGAGCAGCAGAUCAUCGGCCUGAAGCGAGAGGUCAGCACUCUGAACUACAAGCUGAGCCGGGAGGCCACCAGCUCCCAGUCCCAGCAGGAUGACCUGGAGUCACUGCGGCGCAAGCUGGAACGGGAGAAGAGCCUGCUGGACGAGGAGAACAAGAGACUCACCCUGGAAGUGGACAAGUUGUCGUCUGACUAUGACAACAAGUGUCGGGAGCUGAAGCUUCGUGAGGAGGAGCUGCGAGAGAUGUCAGACAAGGACAACGUGGCCCACUGGGAGGCCCAGAUCAGUGAAAUCAUCCAGUGGGUGAGUGAUGAGAAAGAUGCUCGGGGCUAUCUCCAGGCGCUGGCCAUAAAGAUGACAGAGGAGCUGGAAGGAGUCAAGAAGUCAGGACUCGUGGGUGCUGCAAGGCAAAAAGACUGGCAGUCCAGACGGUCGCAGAAGAUGGACAAAAUGGAGCUGCUGAACUUGCAGUCCAACCUGCAGAGCGAAGUGCAGGCCAAGGACCAGAUUAACAAGGAGCUGUCCAAGGUCAAGGCUGACCAAGUCCAGACAGAGAACAAGUUGAAAGCAGCUGAAGCCCGCAACAAGGAGUUGGAGAAUAAAGUUGAAGCGCUGGAGAGACAAGCCAAAGAAAUGGAGCAGAAACUUGAAGACUGCAGCUCACAAACCACAGGCACUAAACUCUCACAUCUGUCCUUCCUUGAUGAGUAUCUGAAGACCGACAUCGAAGAAUUUAAAUUGGAGGAUGAUGUGAACGAAGAGAAGUACACCGAGAACUACAAAGAUGAGCAUGUCGCAGGACAAAUGGACAGAAACUCGCGCUAUCGUAAGCAACCUGCCAAGCAGGUGGACCAGGCCAGCAGCCCCAAGCCGGUAGCCACUGUCACCCCAGUCAUGCCUCUUGCGCCCAAACCCAAGCCCCACAGAUUUGUCAUAUGCACGUUCAGCGUGCCUCUCAAAUGUGCCCACUGUACAUCCCUGAUGCUCGGCCGUAUCAGGCAGGGAAUGAGAUGUGAAGUCGCCAAGCCCCUGGGGGUUGAUCCCAACCGGGGCAUUGGCACGGCCUACGAGGGCAUCCUGAGGAUCCCCAAGCCCGGCGGGGUGCGCAAGGGCUGGAUGCGGCAGUUUGCCGUGGUCUGCGACUUCAAGCUCUUCCUGUUUGACAUGGUGGAAGGCAAGAGCAACCAGAGCAAUCUGGAGCCCUCCCACAUCAUUGACAUGAGGGAUGAGGACUUCCAGGUCAGCACUGUCAAAGAGUCAGAUGUAAUUCAUGCUGAUCGGAAGGAUGUUCCUUGCAUCUUCAAGGUGGCAGCAUCUCAGCUGAAUCCCCCAGGCAUAACCGCCCAGUUCCUCCUCCUGGCCUCAAGCGAGAACGACAAGAGGAAGUGGGUGAACGCCCUGAACGAGCUGCACCGCAUUCUGCGGCGCAACAAGCGGCCAGAGAAGCCCGUCUUCCUGGCCAAGGAGGUGUGCGACCCCAGCAUGUCGCUGAUCAAGAUGGCUCACUGUGCAGAUAUCAUCGAUUCGGAUAGGUUUGUGCUUGGGACGGACGAGGGUUUGUACUGCCUUCAGCUGUCCACCGGUUUCAUUGUGCGGGUAGAUAACAAGAAGAUAUUCCAGGUUGAGAUUGUGCCCACCGAACAGCUCAUUGUUGUCAUCUCAGGCAGGGGUCGUCACGUUCGCCUGAUCCCCAUCCUGGCCCUAGACCAGGAGACCAACACCAUCAAAGUGGAGGAUCCCAAGGGGAGCACCCUCUUCACCACGGGCCGCAUCCGUCAGGGCUCCACCAUGUGCCUGUGCGUGGCCAUGAAGCGCCACGUUGUGGUCUAUGAGUUCAACCGCACCAAGCUGCGCCACCGCAAGAUCAAGGAGCUAACCCUGCCGGCACCCUGCUCCUGCCUGGAGCUGUUCCAAGAGCGGCUGUGCGCCGGCUAUACGUCCGGCUUUGGCCUCUUCAGCAUACAAGGGGAUGGCCAGCACAUCCAGCCCUUGUUGAAUGUGGAUGAUCCCUCCCUGUCCUACCUUCAGAAAACACCAGUGGACGCGCUGGCUGCCGUACAGAUCAGCAAUAAAGAAUAUUUAUUAUGCUUUAUGACCGUUGGUGUGUAUGUGGACUACCAAGGCCGACGGACGAGAAAACAAGAACUCAUGUGGCCUGCUGUACCCACUGCUAUAUGUUACAACCACCCCCACCUUGUGGUCUACAGUGAGGUUUCCGUGGACAUUUUCGACAUUGUCGAUGUUAAUCACAUGGAAUGGUUUCAGACAAUACCAAUCAAAGGGACGCAUCCCUUGAACCGCGAUGGCAGCUUCAACCUUUGCUACGUCACCGACCUGCACACCCCCAGGCUAAUGUACCUUCAGAACAACGACAGCGAGGGAGUAGAAAAGGACGACCUGGUGAUCCCACACGCAAACAAACAGAACAUCAAGAGAGAUAAAGGCAGGUUCUCCUUCAAGAACAGGGAAGAAAUCAAGAAGACAAAAGAUCGCAAGUCUAUGAUAUCAGGGCCGUCCGACUUCAACCACAUAACCCACAUGGGACCAGGGGAUGGUUUGCAGAUGCUCAAGGACUUGCCGCAGCGAAAGAUCCAACUGCGUGAGGAGAAGCAACUAGGUCGUGACUUUCAGCGGGUGCGCAGCAUGUUCCAGCCCACAGGGCCUGGCCUACGGGCCGGGGGACAGAGCUCUAGGGAGCGAGCUGCUUCCAUGCACUCAGCUGGCCGAGGUGACUUAAACGGCGGGGGAAGCCUACUGCCGACAGGCUCGGGGCUGACAGCAAGCGAUGGGAGCAGCGGGAGCCAUGAUGGGGGGCAGCGUAGCUACAGUGAUGAUUCACCACCCCCGUCCAGCCACUCGCCGAGGCAUUCAUUAGGUUCUAGUUCCAGUACUCCUCCCACACCGCACCGGACGAGUGUAGUGGAGCCCGAUCAGCUAUCUGGUGGGUCUGGGGGCUGGGACGGGGAAGCCAAAGGAACAUCAGCGUACUAACUACUGUUGUCAUCGCUCUCUGGUAACUAAAUUACGACAAUGACAGCUUACAGAGGAAAGCAUCAUGAAAUGCUCCGCUCACGGAUUAGCGUGCUUGUCACACAAGGAGCUCAUGGUGGUAGCUUCAACCUUAGGUUGUUGCAGAGAGCGCGGGACGUGCAUGUGUUCAGUUUUACGUUGCCUGCAGUCCCAUUCAGUUAAUAGUGUAGAGAAUAUUUUGCCCCUUUACAACCACACAUGAACAGGCACAGGUGGUUACAAUCUUUCGUCUUCUUGGUUUCUGGUAACGGCCCAAUUGCAUAUAAAGCAGCAUGCUCCCCUUUCAUGAAGAUUGUGCAACAGUGUCAUGGUCGAGUCCAGCACUGGCCUAUUGCAAGUCAUCCCUUGAAGUCGAGAGACAUGGUAUUUAAGCGAAGGGUGUCCAAGGGCAUUUUUUUAGGUUCAUCCCCCUGUUUCUUGUGACGGGACUACAGUGUAGUGAAUUGAUACGGGCCUUGCUUGUGACCAGACUUGCAACGGACUUGACCACUGCACUGUGUUGAAACGAGGAAAGAAGUCACAAAGUGUUGACUUCUGCUGCAAGAUGGAACACGUCGGGGAUCACGUUAUGCAGCCAGAAUAAUUUGAUCCAGAACUCGGAUUAAUCAUGGUUGGACUUUAAUAGAAUGCCUACGCUGACCAGUUGAGGAUGAUUGGUCUAGCCAUGUCUAGUUAAUUUUGCCAAGCCCACAGAGGUUGGUUACAUCAUGGGUUAUCAGCAGCCAUUUUGUGUUGCAGAGCCUGGCAGGACACCGGGACCUUGACAUUUUGGCAGUGACACAUACCUGAGGUGGAGACUAGGAGGGUUUUUGAAAUGAGUGGAUUCGGCUUAGACUUUAGUUUCGCUGGUUCCAGCCACUUUGAAUGGAGUUCAAAACCACAUGUUCAAGCUCUGACUGGAACCAGCAAAACCGAAGUCUGAGCCCAACCCACUCAUUUCGAAAACGCUCUAGAACUCCUUCAGGCUUGACUAACUCUGUCCAUGCAGGCAGAGAUAAACCCCAGUUUGACCAAUGGUCCUUGGUCCGAUCACUCCACAGCAUGCUUUUGAACAUUCUUGUACCACAGGCUGAUGAAUACACGUGUUCUCUUUCUCCAUGGAUAUGUUGAGAGGAGUACUUAAGAUUGAUGGGGCAUUCUGCUAUAAAAACAAACCUUGACAUAGUGUACAUUUGUAAUAUCUAAGAACCUGUAACCAUAGGAUGUUGUUAUUGGACGCUAAAUUUCUGUUUUUUAAGGGUUGCGUUUUAUCUUCUCGUACCUCUGCUGGUAGUUACAUUUGUCAAAUGGUGAUUUCAAAAAUUCCCAGUAAUUUUAGUAACUCUGAGAUGGAUGUGGUGUAUUUAAAGCCCUUAAAACAUGCAUAUGCAUUGUUUCAUUAGCAAAUCUGUAUAAGAUCGAAAAAAAAGUGCAGUGUUUUGAAAAGGAUCAGAUAUGUGGAAAAAAAAUAUAUAUCCAGGCUCAAUAUUAAAGAAUCAAAUUCUAAGGUUCUGAGAUUCAUAUCAAGGUUCUGAGCUUUUUAGCUGAAAGCAGUUAGGUUGAUCAUUUUGAGUGAGCAUUCAAGGUAAGCGCAGAACUCUCCCGUUAAUUUGCAGUUUCCAAAGUGUCCAAAAUUGAAUUUCAUACCACUGAACCCACCUGGUCCCCACGUGGCAAUUUACUUGUAAAAGGACAUUCUAACCAGGCAGAGUUGAAUUGCCGUCUGUAGCAUAUCCUUAAAAACUCAUCAAGAAUAUUACCAUGCACAUGAACAUAAUUUUGUUCUGUUUUGUUGAGUGGAAAAUUCUUCCAAUUCAACUUAGGUGCCAGAAUUUUUAUUGUUAGCUUGAAUGCUCUUUCAGGAAACUUCUGACAUGAUUCUGAUUCAGAUUUUAAAAACCCUUUUGUGUCCAAAAUGUGAAUUUGCCAAGCAAAGCACUGCCCAGCAUUUUGGUAUCAAAUCAACUAGCUGUCUGAGUUGACUAGCAGAUUUUUCCAUUCGUUUAGGCACAAAAUUCAUUUUAUUUUUGUAUUUUUUCUUUCUUUUAUUUCCUCAGUCCUGUGUGUCAUUUAGAAUCAGCAUUUGCCAAAAUAAGCUGAGUACUGUGGAAAGCAUAGAGUAAUAUUUUUAAAAUAAGAGAGGUUUGAUACAACGACAUGGAAUGCUUUGUGAAGGUGUUCACUGGUGAAAACAGUACUAAUUUCUCCAAUGUUGUUUCAUGAUAGCAAGAUUUGUCUCUGUGGUACAGCUGUUUAGCCAAAUAAAAAUGUUGUUCGUGAGUGUCUAAACUAGCUUACUAUCCCAUGUUGCAGCUCACUUGGAUGUAAACCACGUGAGCCCUGAAACAAAACAAGGAAGACAGUUUUCUAAAAUUGUGCUUAAGAUAGAAGGCACCUGUUCAUUUUUUUCACCCAAUUUAGUUAGGUCCCCUGCGCACCAUCGCCCCUUGAAGCAUGUUGGUUUUGCACUGAAUUUUUUAACAAUGGAGCUGUGGGUACCAUGCAUGCCAUUGCAUUGACAAGGCACAUUAUGUCCUCUCGAUGUGUGGUCUACCGGUCGAUGUGUUUGAUUCAAAGGAAACUAAAAGUUAAAGCCAAGUGUACUACGGUGAAUGAAAACAGCCCUCAUUUGGACAAGUUACUCUAUUGCCUUGGUGUAAAUUUAAGAAGUUUAAAUUACUGGUAAUGGUAGUCUACAUGUAGGUACUGACUAGGGCUGUACAAAAGAUUUUUGCUGUUUUACGAAGCCAUGUCUCCAACCACAGUGCAAGAAAUGCUCAUUUAGCAAAAAAAGAAGUCAAUUUCACCAGUGUUAAGUGUUCUGUCUUUGUCAAGUCUGCAUACAAGUCGGAUAUUGUAUGCCCUGCCUUUUAUCGGCUUUGGUUCUCCAGACAUUUUUCAGGGUACCAAUACAGGCAUACAACAAUGAAAGUGGGCAUGCAGUGGUAGAAAUGCUGCGCCCAGGUAUCAAACUUCUCUGCCAAGAAAUCCACAUUUCUCUCCAUUGUCCUCAUGGUGCCAGAAAUCUGAAUUUUGUGGCGGGGUGUACACUAUGGAACAUGAGCUUGAUAUUGUCUCUGGUUGAACUCGAGAAACCCAAGGAAGUGAGCAGUAACUAUCAAAUAGACUAUUGCAUAGUUGUGACUUGGCAAGUGCAUUGAGACUGGUGAAAUCAAAGUCCACCCUUCGCUUAAUCAGUUCAGCAGAUUUCUGUGACAAAUUUAGGUCUUAACAGUCAUUUAGUUAGAUAAACAUGAGUCAAAUGCAAAGACAUGGGGGGCAUAUGUGUAGGCAAAUGUACCUGUACAUAAAAUUGGUUUCAGUGUGAAAAAUUUCAUGAUUUGGGGAGAAAAUUCCAUUUGGAGCAUUUCAGAUAUACCCUUGCAGAUUCUGUUGAAAAAAAAACAGAAACAUCUGUUUGGAACAAUUGUAUAUAACAGGCUUACUCUAUUUAAUAUUAAAAAACUACUUAACUACUUAAAUCCAUUACUCAAAAUGAAUUCCUAAUAGAAGUGGCAAUUCACAGACAUUAUUUGCUAUACUUUAGAAGGGAUUAUUUUCCUAGAUCACUGGUACCAUGCAUGCAACAAACAUUGUUGGUUACCAGCCAGGUUUAUCCCGAAGUAACUUUUAGUAAAUUGGAUGUGUAUUUGUUAAGUGCAGCAAACUUUUUUUCCUUGUCUUUGUAAAUUAUUUAAAUUAGCUUUUCAUUUAUAUAUGGGUUUGCGUUCUUUAUUUCUUUAGGUUUAUCAUCCUGUUUUUAGCUACCGUGGUAAUACACUAUUCAUUAAUAUGUAUUUGUCUACAUUUAGGUUUGUUACAAUACUGUAUAUUUGCCGGAAUGGUUUAGUGUAUUUGAAAUGGUUUGUAAGAAGACGUGACCGGAGGUCACACAAUGUGUGUGUUUCCUCUGCUAUUUCCAAGGAUUUUAAACAGGUCGGUGUUUUUUGUAUCUAAAUAUAUAAAGAAUGGUUGUAGAUAAAAAAAAAAGGAUAGAUGAAUGAAGUUAGCUUUGGGAGGGUCGCUGGAAAACAAACGCAAAAAAAACCACCUGUGGUUUCUCAUAUAGGUGAAAUAACAGAAAGUUUAAACGUAUGCAUAAUGUAGUGGUAUAUGAUGUGGUUCCAAUUGGCCUGAUUGUGACUGUAAAUUAUGCAUAAUUAAUGCAUGUUUUGCAUAUGUAGGUGUGCAUAUUGAACGGCAUGUGCAAAGUGCAUUAAUCGUAUCAAAUUAAAAGGAUUGAAUUUCUUUGUACCGUGUGUGUCGAUUGAAAGUAUUGGAACACAAACUUUAAAAGCGAAGCCAAAUUUUUGACCUAGCAGUUCUUAUUAUUUUAAAACAGUUUUCUUUGCAUAAUUGAUCUUUGUGUAAUAACCUGCAAGUAGAGACACAGGACAGUGUUUUGAAUAUGCUAAUUAUUUUCUGGUCUUCCAGUAAGGUGGUAUGGAACACCUUAUGUUGCUAGCCUGUAUGAUCACAGGAUUGCCGAAACAUUUUUUGUUUUGCUUUGCUAAGAAAAUUCUAAAAAAAAGUUAACUUGUAAAAUAGAAAAAAAUGACAAUGCCUAGCAGUAGUAUGGUAACUCUUGUAAAGCGUUAUGUAACAAGAUGAUGUUACUUACCGAAAGAAUCAAUGUUUUUUGCAAAUUGUAUUUGGUAAUGCAAGAAUUACUAGUUAACUCUUCAGUAACUAAUUUCUGAGAGGCAAUUCCACAGUAUUUCAUUGCUUUGGGAUAAAUCGGUGCCAGGGUCCAUGAACAUAGUGCACUGCUGGGCAUUGAGGUGUACAUUAUACAUUGAAAAGGGCACCAUGUUUGUCUGGCUUGGCUUAGAGGGCACUGACUAACAAAGCUUGCUGUGGCACCAGACCAUUUUGUUAUUUUAAGGCCUCACUUUGGGCUGUAGACUUAGCAUGCCAAAGAAGAGGGUAAAGCGUUCUCAUGGUCUGGCAUCUAGACUUAGGAUCUAGUUAAGAAGAUAACAGGCUUGUUCUACUGUGGAAUUGUCCCAUUAGAGCUUCAAAAGGGCAGGACUGUUUUUAAAAGAAUAUUAUUUGUGGCAGAUAUUACGUAGUAAGGUGGUUCAUCUUUAACAUAACCUUUAUUUUGUUGGUUUUCAUGUUGUUAAUGCCUUAUAUCUGUUUCAGGCAGAGAAGAAUGUUUUGAAACAUUUUCCAGAUAACUUGACAUCUUGAAAACUAACCCUGUAUAUGUACCACUGAAGAAAAACCUCGUUAGAAUCAUUACAUCCACAUGUAAUUAUCUUCCCCUCAUAAAAUAGGUUUGAAAUAGCAGUUUUUGUAGCCACUUAUCCAUUGAAUAUAUUUUCCUAUCGUACUACAGUACAACUCAGAAUAUGAAACUGGAGAUAGCAAACCGAAAUCUUCAUUUGAUGCUUAGAAGUCAUUCAUUUCUGUACCGUUAAAUGUAUGGACCUUUGGGUAAAAUUUAAUGCCAGUAAUUACAUUUGUAUAUUAUCCACUACUGUGAAAAAAGGUAGAGAUUUACGUGUUUGAUGAACAUAUAAUUCGUACUUUUUCAAGGUUGCAUCAUUUCUUCAAAUUUGGUGUUCUCUAAUGAUUGCAAAGCCUGCUCACUGUGACAAAGUUGCAUUCAAGAUACAAAAAAAUGCAUGUUGCUCAAAUGUACAUGUCUCAAGACUUUCGUCUAUCUGGACAGUGCUGUUCAUCUAUGCAUGAGCACAGAAUACAAGUGUUCGCCACUGGAGUAGUGCCAGUGCUAGAGGCUACCUUAGUUUGCUCAGAUAACCCAGUCAAGAAAUGAGUUGAUGAAAUGUUGUAAAUCCAGAGUGCCUCUCUCCCCCCUGGUGGAGUCUUGUGAAUUGUCUCAGAGCUGUUGUAGCUGUAAACAAAAACAGAGUGUAGUCAGGCUGUUUUCAGACUCGUUUGGUAGAUAUGCAUGGAGAUAUUCCAAAUGGGUGAAACAUGUAUUUGGCUAGAAGUAUGAGGGUAGCAUGUUGGAGAGAUGGACAGAGAGUACGAGGGAUUUGAGACUUUUAGGGACAAGUUGAGAUGGACUCCAAUCCGAGUUUACUGUACAGAGUUUUUUGCAACCAGGUUUGAAUUGAUGACUGGUGUAACGUUACAUCAGUUGGAACGGAAGUUAAUCCUGUUAGUUUCCAAGUCAUUCGAAUGGAGCACAUUUGGUCCCUUUGUAGAAAAUGCAUUUGCUGUAUUUCGAAUCGAUUCACUUUCUUUCUCAAUUUGCCACUCCAGUUGGCAUCGCUCAUUCACAGGAACUUGCACCCAAGCCACAUGUGCAUGGAACAGACAAGAGUAUCUGUAUACAUUAGCUAAGUCACUCUUGAACUUGAAACAAAUAUUGUUUGGAAGAGGCUGUGUACAAUAGUCAGGCUUCUUGGUGAUUGUUUUAGACAGAUUGUAUGCUAUUCUGCAUUUGAUUCCAGACAAUUUUGUGUAUUUUUCCUUUUUUUUUCUUGAAAUAACAUCUGUAUUACUGCCUGCUCACUGCAGACGAGAUCUGUGAGUUCUUUCCGGACUCAAGUCACAGCAAGCAAUUAUGCAAUGCUCGACACUGGUUCGAGUUGAAUUCGUCCUUCAACUUGUCAGUUUACUGAAGGACCAUGAGUUAGUCUAAGCACCUUACGGCAGGCAUAACUGUAUUAAUCAAACAGAUGCAAUGCCGUCAGCAAUGUAAAAAGUAGCCAGUGUUUGGAAAAAAAAUUGAAAAGAAUUUCAGAGUUUAUUCUGAAAAUGUUGACAGGCCCCCAGAUUUAAAGUCGUGGACACAUCAAACGAGCACAAGAAAGUUUACUUGUGUGAGUCGGCAAGGGUCUGCAGAGAGAGUUCCUAUCUAUCCUCGGCUUGGUCCAUUGUCACGAUAUAAUUAUGCCACUGGAAAUGGGUUAGCCUAAAUCAUACCAUUACAGCCAUAAGAAUGCCCCCGAACAAGUAUUUUGGUAAAAUUAUACACUCCCCACAUACCACAUCGUUGCUUUGUCUUGGAUAAUGUUUUCAGUUGGAACAUUCUUUAUUAUCAUUACAUUUUGGUUGAAUCAGGGUUCUUAACACAAACUGCCACAAUAAUUAAUGGAUUAAUUACGUGAUUUUUUUUUAAAAAGAAGUCUUUAUUUAUUAUUCUUUUCCAUUAGUUUCUGGGCUUUGUACUUUUGAAAUAACAUCAACUGUGUUGUAUUUUCCCGAAAAACUAUUUCAAAAAGAGGAAAAAUUAAUAUUAAAAAAGUGAUAUUGAAAACGCGA